AUGGCAGAUGCUUCAAAUUCUACAAGCAUCUUUACCCUUCAAGGCGCCGGGGCCAGUUGUGUCCUUGGAUCCAAUCCAAUUCAAGAAGACAGGUAUACCGUCCUCCUGCCUGACGAAUUUUCGGGGCACACAGACAGUCUGGCUUUCUUUGCCGUAUAUGACGGACAUGCCUCAGAUAAGGUUGCAGAACAUGCAAGCAAGAAUAUCCGUCGGCUUCUGACUAAGAGUAGAGAGUUGAGACAGGGAAACUAUGAAUCAGCCAUCGAACAAGCAAUUCAAGCAGAGGAGAAGGAGCUUCUGCAAGGGUUUUGGGCUGGCGAGGAAUUAUUCGCCGUAGCCGGAUCGACUGCCGCCCUAGUUGUCGUGAAUCUAACCAGGGGCAUCUUAGUUGUCGCCAAUCUGGGAGAUUCGCACGUUUUGCUGGGAGAGGAUGAUGGGGCAAAUCACACCUCGUUGAAAGUCGAGCGAUUAACCACAUCCCACAAGCCGGAAGAUGCUGGGGAGAGUCAUCGCAUUGAGUCCGCUGGAGGGACUCUCAACACCGAGAGCGGUGUGUCACGAGUUGAGGGCUUAAAUGUAUCGAGGGCGCUGGGCGAUUUACAAUAUAAAAUGCCGCUAAAGGAUAUCGGGGAGCAGUCCCUGGCCAGCGGCCAGGAGAAAGCAUGCGUCGAACCAACAAAGAGGGGAGAUUUAGUCUCCAGUUACCCUUCUCUUAAACGAUACACUCUGCAGCCGGAUCGUCGGUACUUCUUGGCCCUGACCACAGACGGGGUUACCAAUACAAUGGAUGACGAAACCAUCAUGCACCAGAUCGCAGGGAGCAAGCAAGAGGGAAUGGAUGCUGACAGGGUAGCCGCGAAGAUCACCGAGAAAGCUUCAAAGGAACCCAAUAGUGAGAAUGCCACCUGCGUCACUGUGUUCCUGGAUGGGCAUAAUGUACGAAAUCAAGAGUAA